UAACAAGCUUCACAUUUUUUUAGCAAAGAACUUUAAAAAUCUAGCCGAGAAAUUGUUCCGUUUAAAGAAUGGAAGCGGUUAAGUGGAUGUGCAGCAAGCGUUUGAUCUCGUUACGCAGCGGGCGGGCACACGCGCCGCCGAACACUGAUUGGAUACUGAUUGCUUCUGUUAUCACGCUUCUGCAGCCUCCAACAGAGUAUGUUAUCGUAUCGUGUGUUAAACCCCAACAGAGUAUCGCUUAUCCUUUACAAACGUUUUAAGAACGAUAGAGACAGUAUGAUUUGGUAUACUGUGGUCUUUGUAGCCGGAUGAGUUGCUGUCGGGGAUGGAUCGUGGUUGCGGCAUUGAGUGGGAGGCUACGGACGCGGCAUGAGUGCAGAGGAACGAGGUCUCGUUGCCUUCGUGCUCGUCUACCUAACAUUCUUCUUAGAUAAUGUACUGCUGACCGUGUUAGUGCCCAUCAUCCCGGACUGGGUGCACGGCGGCGAGCUGGCGCGCUGGACGGCGCAGGACGCGCCGCCGCCGCUGGCCGCGCUGCUCAACCACACCGUGAGCCAUGCCAUUGCACACGACAACGACACUCACGACCAUACCUUAGGCAAAAUUUAUAACGUAGUUGAGAGCGUCCGACGUGGAGGAAGCACGGCAGUGGUGGGCGUGGUGCUGGGAGCGAAGGCUGCCGCACAGCUGGCGGCGGCACCGUGGGCUGCCCGUGCGGCGUGCGGUGGAGCGGCGCGCGCGCUCGGGGCGGGCACGGCGCUGCUGGCGGGCGCGGCUGGCGUGUUCGCGGCGUGCGGUGCGGGAGGCGGCGUGUGGUGUGCAGGUGCGGGGCGCGUGCUGCACGGCGCUGGAUCGGCGCUGGCGGGCGUGGCGGGGCUGGCACUGGCUGCCGCCUGUGCACCGCAGCGGCUCCCGGCACUACUAGGCGCUGUGGCACUAGGUGUUUUGGUGGGCUACCCGACAGGCGGGCUACUCGACGCCGCUUGGAGUUUCCUCUUGCUGGCUGCUUUGCUUUUGUCUAACUUAGCUCUACAAUGCGUAUAUUUACGAAAAGAGGAAUUUAAUCGGGUGACCGGCGGUGGCGGCGCGUGGUCCAACGCCCGAGGCGCGGGCUACGCGGCGCCGGCGACGGCGUGUGCAGGCUGCGUGCUGCUCACCACCUGCGUGAUGGCCGCCCUCGAGCCAACCCUGCCACCCUGGAUCCGCGCGCGCUUCCACCCGCAGCGAUGGCAGACAGGCAUCGUGUUCGUGCCGGACAGCGCGGGCUACUUGCUGGCGACGUCAUGCGCAGGGCUAGCAGCGCGCGCGCUUGGCGCCGAACGCGUGGCUCUGGCGGGCCAAGCCGCCGUCGGCGUCGCAGCGCUCGCGCUCCCGCACGCGCCCACGGUGUGGUGGCUAGCGCUGCCGCACGCGGCGCUGGGCGGCGGACUGGGCGCGGCCGACGCGGCACUAGUACCUGCGCUAUUGGCGCGCGCUCCGCGGCAGGUACCACACCUCGCCGCACUGCUUCAGGCUGCGUCCAGCGCCGCUUAUGCUCUAGGCCCUGCACUAGGCGGACUGCUGGCGUGGCGCUGCGGGUUCGCCACGGCGCUGCGCGUGCUCGGCGCCGCUAACCUACUCUACGGCAUGUUUCUCUACACCCGGCUCAAAAAACACCCGCUAUCGCCACAGUGGGGCGCCAGUACGCCUGACGACGACGACUCCGAGGCGUGCGAGUCUGGAGUAGAGAGCACGCCGCUUCGUCCGCGGCAGUAUACGCAGCUGCACUAGACGAAGCACUACUGCCGCUUGACACAUUUACAACACUUUUACUAGGUACUAUAGUGGAAUUAGUGGCUCAUUGCGACUCUACAUAACACAGCCUGAGAAAUAUCAAUACCUAAGUGACCCUAUACACACAAGUGCUUUUUCAACGCGUUAAAAAAGCGCUUGAAUCUGC